AGUUGAAAGUCUAGCCGGAAGUUGAAAUGCUUUUAUUUCUGGAGUGUUGACACCGGCUUGAGCACACGUAGAGUUUGGGGUCGAGUACCAGGCACCGAGCGGCGUAAUUUUGAAGUCAGUUAACGGGUUUCGACCGACGUCUUGUUCUGCUGUGUAGUGAAGAAGCGGAGCUGACAGCCAGUCAACUGCCACACAUGCAGUCAAGUGUCCGUUACCUCCGCCGGUGGAUGACUUAGCUUUGUUUCCCAGCUUGUUAACCAGCCCCGGGUCUGUAUUCACAGCAGAGUUCAGAAUUGCACUACAAUGUCUGCGGUGGCUUCUCUGCAGUAAAGCACACAAAGGUUAUGCUGCCCAAAAGCUGUCUGAGUCCCAGUGAGAAAGAGAAGGGCUAAAGCCACACCAGUCUAAACCAGCUUUCCAGCGCCUCUCCAGCAACGACUCUACUGCAGAGCCAUGAGCAACCCCGAUGCUCCCAGCCAGGUUACGGACGCUGUGGCUUCGGUUAUUCACGGACCAGAAGCUCCUGCUGCUUCAUCACUACACGGGUCUCCGCGCCCAGAAGAGGAGGAUGAUGGGGACCUGAAUAAAGCCUUGGGUGUCCAGCGCUUCCAGCAGAUCCUCACGCCUGCUGCUGCCGUGCCUGAUAAGGAGCACCACAUUUACCAUGACGAAGACAUUGAAUACCACCGACACUCCUCUCACCACAUCCACCGGCCUCUGUCCAAACUGCCCUCUGACGUACGCAGGAGGAAGGGCAGCAAGAAAAGGAAGAAGGAUAAAGAUCACAAAAGCAGCCAUCCUCUCUGCAGUGUCCCCAUAGAGGAAGGUGAAGAUGAGGAGGAAGAGGAAGAAGAGGGGACAGAGCUAAAUUCUGUUCUGUCAGAGCGAUCUGAGUCAGAGAGAACCAAAGAUGUGGAGUUCUUCGUUUCCGAAGAUGACCAUGUAUCCAAAAGUGUCAAAGAGAGCCCACACUCGGUCCGAAAGCUCGACAUCGUACCGCAGUCCGGUGUGGGAGGUGAACAUGAAGACGCAACUUCCACAGAUAAACUGCCUUCAUCUGAGCCCUCCAGCCCCACUGCCCAGUCAGUCCCAGCCGAGCACACGCCACUGACCCGCGUCUCCUCCGCCAGCCGCAGUUACGACCUGACAGAGCGUCGACGCACGGGCAACAUGACGGGUGCCGAGCAGGCCAAGUACCAGCGCAUCCCCACUGAUGAGAGCGAAGCUCAGACGCUGGCCUCUGCUGACCUGGACGGCAUCAAGAGUCAUCGCUUUGAAGAUGUUCCUGGCAUGCGCCGACACCUGGUCCGGAAGAGCACCAAGAACCAAGUGGUGCACAUCGGCAAGGACCACAAGGAGCCGACCACUCGCAGUCGCAAGCAGGAUCGCACCCCCCAUGAGGUCUUUGUGGAGCUGAACGAGCUGACAAUGGACAAGAACCAGGAGCUGCAGUGGAAGGAGACGGCCCGUUGGAUCAAGUUUGAGGAAGAUGUUGAAGAGGAGACGGACCGCUGGGGGAAGCCUCACGUCGCUUCGCUGUCUUUCCGCAGUUUGCUGGAACUCAGAAGGACCAUCUCCCACGGUGCGGUGCUGCUGGACCUGGACCAGAAGACCCUGCCUGGCAUCGCCCACCAGGUGGUGGAACAGAUGAUUAUUUCUGACCAGAUCAAAGCUGAGGACCGGGCCAACGUCCUCAGAGCCCUGCUGCUCAAACACAGUCACCCGAGCGAUGAGAAGGAGCACAGUAGCCAUUUCCCCAGGAACAUCUCCGCAGCCAGCCUCGGCAGUCUGAUAGCGCAUCACCACAGUGUCAACCACACCAACCAGACAGAGCCGUCAGUGACCGACCCCCUCAUGGGCACAGUUCGCGUUACGGGGGACACAGACACGCACAUCGACAUGGAGAAGAAUGAAGUGCAGCAGAGAGAGCCAAGCAUUGGACCUGGUAUGCAUCGGUCCAAGUCCAAACAUGAACUGAAGCUGCUGGAGAAGAUUCCUGAAAAUGCCGAGGCUACAGUGGUCCUCGUGGGCAGCGUGGACUUCCUGGAGCAGCCCACCAUGGCGUUUGUGCGGCUGCAGGAAGCGGUGGAGCUGGAGUCCGUCCUGGAAGUGCCAGUGCCGGUCAGAUUUCUCUUUGUUUUGCUGGGACCCGCCACUACAAGCAUGGACUACCACCAGAUAGGACGCUCCAUCUCCACCCUCAUGUCUGAUAAGCAAUUCCACGAGGCGGCCUACCUGGCAGAUGACAGGCAGGACCUGCUGAAUGCCAUCAACAGCUUCUUGGACUGUAGCAUCGUGCUGCCACCUUCAGAGGUGGGAGGUGAUGAACUGCUGCGGUCUGUCGCCCGCUUUCAGAGGGAGAUGCUGCGGAAGAGGGAGGAACUCGAGGUCAAACUAAUGGCCAAAGAGCCUAAAAGCCUUGAAGAAAAAGAGGCACUCCUCAAACCUUCGAAAAAGUCAGAUGACCCCUUAGAGCGUACUGGGCGGCCUUUUGGUGGGCUGAUACGAGACGUGCAGCGGCGUUACCCAAAGUAUGUCAGCGACUUCAAGGAUGCCCUGAACAGCCAGUGCAUGGCCGCAGUUAUCUUCAUCUACUUCGCUGCCCUCUCUCCGGCCAUAACAUUUGGAGGUCUGCUGGGUGAGAAGACAAACGGCCUGAUCGGUGUCUCUGAGCUGAUUGUGUCAACAUCAGUGCAGGGGGUGGUCUUCUGUCUGCUCGGGGCUCAGCCAUUGCUGGUUGUGGGCUUCUCUGGACCUCUGCUGGUCUUUGAAGAAGCCUUUUACAGUUUCUGCACAUCAAACAACAUAGAGUACCUGACGGGCCGCGUCUGGAUCGGCUUUUGGCUCAUCAUCAUCGUGGUCACCAUGGUGGCCUUCGAAGGCAGCUUCCUGGUGCGCUUCGUCUCCCGCUUCACCCAGGAAAUCUUCUCCUUCCUCAUCUCCCUCAUCUUCAUCUGCGAGACCUUCAUCAAGCUUGUCAGGAUUUUCAAGGAGCACCCGCUGAAAAGCUGUUCCCUCAACGGCACCGAUGCAGACGACUUGGCGGAAAACAUCACCCUAAUGAUGAAAAACAGCAGCCAGCCGUCGACUGUGAAGGUCAGCGGGGAACCGAACACGGCGCUGCUCUCUUUGGUUCUCAUGGCGGGGACGUUUUUUAUCGCUUUCUACCUGCGCAAAUUCAAGAACAGCGCUUUCUUCCCUGGAAGGAUACGCAGGAUUAUUGGAGACUUUGGGGUACCGAUCGCCAUUCUCAUCAUGGUUCUGGUGGAUUACUCCAUAGAAGACACAUUCACACAGAAACUGAGUGUCCCCAGUGGAUUUUCAGUGACGAAUUCCGACAAGCGCGGCUGGUUCAUCAGUCCGCUUGGAUCAAAUGGGGAAUUCCCUAUCUGGAUGAUGUUUGCCUGCUGCUUGCCCGCUCUGCUGGUUUUCAUCCUUAUCUUCAUGGAGACUCAGAUCACCACGCUGAUAGUUAGUAAAAAGGAGCGCAUGCUUGUCAAAGGUUCUGGUUUCCAUCUGGACCUGCUUCUGAUCGUGGUGCUGGGCGGCACCUCAGCUCUGUUCGGCCUGCCGUGGAUGGCCGCUGCGACCGUUCGCUCGGUGACCCACGUCAACGCCCUCACCGUCAUGAGUAAGGCCGUCGCUCCCGGAGACAAACCUCGCAUCCAGGAGGUGAAGGAGCAGCGGGUCACUGGGCUUCUGGUUGCAAUCUUAGUUGGCCUGUCGAUCGUGAUCGGCGACCUGCUGUGUCAGAUCCCCCUCGCCGUGCUCUUCGGGAUCUUCCUCUACAUGGGAGUGAUGUCGCUCAACGGUAUCCAGCUAACGGAGCGGAUGAUGCUUUUGCUCAUGCCACCAAAGUAUCACCCUGACCACACCUAUGUACGCAAGGUCCGCACGCUGCGCAUGCAUCUCUUCACCUGCAUCCAGCUGGUGUGUUUGGCGGUGCUGUGGGCCAUUAUGUCGACGGCGGCGUCUCUGGCUUUCCCCUUUGUCCUCAUCCUCACCGUCCCCGUCAAGAUGUUUGUGCUGCGACGGGUCUUCACUGUCAAAGAGAUGGCAUGCCUGGAUGCUGACGACGCAGAGCCAAAGUUUGACGAGCGCGAGUGUCACGACGAGUACUCGGAGAUGCAAAUGCCGGUGUGAUCCACAGCGAGCCCUCGCAUCGUCAAAUCGCACCGAAAAUCUGUCAGUUAUCACCAGUUAGAGUUCUGGGACGGCGUCCUUCAAGCGAUGUCCCUCUUCAUCAUCAUCAUCAAGACAUUGAAAUGCAGUAUGUCAAAGGUUGCUUUGGCUUUUAACUUUUCACUAUUUAAGAAGCUUUUCUGCUGCUUUAAUAACAGUUUGUGUCUCAAAUAAUGGAAAAGCAGCUGGAAACUCUUCGCUUAGUUUAUUUGUUUUUAUUUUAAACAUUUCAGGGGACAGGAGAUACCGAAUCAAAUGACUUUAUCUCGAGCUCGAGUUAAACAUGUUAACAGUAGAUAGACGUGUACGAUUGAUUUUUAGCCCUGAAAGUUGCUCUGAUUCACAUUGAAUAUGUGGAAGAUAUACGGGAUACAUUCCUUUAUGCUUUAUGAGUUAUUGCUAUUCACACUCUUUUCUUCACAUUUUAAGAUCACCAAGCGCCUUACGAAGGAAAUAUAAAGGUAUUAAGAUUUUUUUUUCUUUAUUUUGUCUUAUUUUAGACAGCUGAUCACUUUACACGAAAGCUUGUAGCACUUUUAACAUAACAAAAUCUGAACAAUGACUGUAUUUUAUGUAAUCAGUGUUGCUUUAGUUUGCUUCUUAAAUGAUCUGUGAGUGAUUUUUAGCCUACUUUAACUAUUUGUUGUUUUUGUGCAGAAGCAUUUUAAAUGUUUAUAUUUCACCUGUGGUGAGUGAAGAUCACCAGCAGGGGGAGAUCUUGUGGGACUGUUAUGACGUUCCAUAAGAAAAAAGAAAACUGUACAAAAAAAAUGCUAUUUCUCUCUAAACUAAUGACAUCGUAUCACAUUUCUCAUCGUGCAAACACUUUUUUUAAAACGGAAAAUGACACUGUGGCUUAUUAAGUGUACUUUAAAAUGUCUCCACACACAUAUAUAGACACACACCCGUACACGUGUAGGGCACUAAUGUAGUUUGUUCUGAGGUCUCAUUUCUCCUGUGGUCGGUUAACGGUGGUUUCUUUGUGCCAAAUGUCUCGUGUAAAUAGUUUUGUGGUCAGAAAAAUAAGCUGCACUUCAGUCACGUUAGAUCUCCUCUAACUUGAAGGAUUUUCAGCCUAAUUUUAAAUAUUUUCACAGCAGGACAUUCCUCGUUUUUAAUAUGUCACUCGCGAUUGUGUCAGCCUGGUCGACAAAAUUUCCAAACAACCUGUUUAGACAAUCUCAUGGAUUGGUUAAAGCUUUGACUGUGUCAAAUAGUUUAAAUAUUCAGCCCCUGUUACUCUCACCUACAUGUUUCAAGCACUACGUUUCCCUCCAGGCGGGCCAGUUUCACUGUUGCUGUGAUCUUGUUGCCUUUUUCAUGUCACAGUCGCACAAAAUCUGAAGUGUCUGUGGGACCAUGAAGUGAUCUGUGUCUCCUGUGUUUUAAGGAUGGCACACGUUACAGUAGUUUGCACAUUUGAGACAUGCAUAAAUCAAAAAUCUCUGUUAUUUAUCUGUUUAUAAUCUGUGGAGUAAUUGCUGCUUUAGAAGCCUUAAUCGGGUUACGUCACACAAUAUUUUUUUUCUUCUGUACACACACGUUCAGCUGCAGCACGCCCACGGCAGUGAAGGCGAUAUUUAUGAGAGGUUGGAUUUGAGUGUCAGUUUUGUGUCUGCUUCUUGUGCCUGUGAUUGAAGUGAAGGCAGUCUGUGUAUGUCAAAGUAUGCUGAUGAUUAAAAGUAUGUGGAUUCAUUUCAAAGCAAUAAAGUCUUCAGGCUAUUGCUGAUGUUCCCGUGUACAAUAAUGGUUCAAAUAUUGAUGAUGAAUAAAAGUUCUUUUCUAUCGUU